UUUUGUUCACCAAGAAGAAGAUUAUGCGAUCUCGUCUACAUGACUUGGAUAUCUCGAUUCGACAUUUAUUUGAUUUGAUUUGUCUUUUAGGAGGUGCUGCGAAUGUGCCUUCCGCCGCAAGCUUGACUUCUUCCACGUGGAGCUUCAAGGAGCUCCAGGUUCGACUUACCUAAGUAGAGCUUCGGAGCUGGGCACGUUGUCAAGAACGCGACCAUGAGGGCUAUAGGGAAGUAGCUACUUGUCCAAAGAUUAUCUGUUCGCCGUUUCUAAUGUGUAUUUACAGAUGUGAUUCUCUUUCCUAUACUCCCUACCGUCAUCCUCCUCCAUCUCGUUGUAGCACCCUACACCAAAGUCGAAGAGUCAUUCAACAUCCAGGCUACGCACGACAUAAUGAAGUAUGGCUUUCCGUACAGUAACAAGAAUCUCCUCCAAUCCUUUGACCACAUUACAUUCUCGGGUGCUGUUCCCCGAACCUUUGUCGGAGCUCUCGCACUUGCUGGAAGUGCGCAAGUCCCAAUACGGGUCUUUGGGGAGCAAUAUGCGCAGCUUAUUGUGAGAUGCUUGCUGGGGCUUUUUAAUGCCUUUAGUUUAUACAAUUAUGCUUGGGGACUGAAAAAGGCGUUCGGAAGUGAUGUUGGAAGGUGGUACAUACUGCUGCAGGCGAGCCAAUUCCAUGUCAUGUUCUAUGCAUCGAGGACGUUGCCGAAUAUGUUUGCUUUUGCACUCACUACGACGGCGUUCAGUAUGUUUCUACCUGUGCCAGGGAGAAAUGCUUCGAGUGGACAGUGGAAUUACAGCCUAGGCAUAUUCUUGUUUGUGAUAGCUGGUGUUAUAUUUCGAUCAGAAGUUGCAUUAUUACUCUUCUCGCAACUGCUGGUUUUGCUCUUGCAAUCACAGAUCUCAGUACGAAGCGUGAUCCCAGCAGGAAUAUGGAGUGCCAUAUUCGCUCUAAGCGUAUCCGUCCCGAUCGACUCGCUUUUUUGGCAGAAGCUGAUCUGGCCAGAACUGGCUGGAUUCUAUUAUAACGCUAUCCAGGGUAAGUCUGCAGACUGGGGAACAUCUCCUUUGACCUUUUACUUCACGAAUUCACUUCCUCGCUUGUUACUCAACCCACUCAUUCUCCUCCUGGUUCCGUUCGCUUUUGUUCUGCCGUCGACACGAUACCCAGCACGAAAUCUGGUGAUUCCAUCACUCCUGUUCAUCACCAUGUACAGUCUUCAGCCACACAAGGAGUCUCGCUUCAUUAUCUACACUGUUCCCCCGCUCACAGCGGCGGCAUCGCUACCAGCGUCUUACAUCUGGACACGGCGCUCGAAAUCCCUCAUUUACAGCUUCGGCUCUCUCCUUCUACUCUGUUCAAUCGUAGCCAGCUUCCUAGCAUCAACCGCCAUGCUCCUCAUCUCCUCUCUCAACUAUCCUGGCGGCGACGCCCUCACCCAGCUGCACUCCAUUAUCAAUCGGCAGCAUCCGUCUUCCUCAACUAACACCACCACACUCAACAUCCACAUGGACGUUCUCUCCUGCAUGACAGGGAUAACGCUCUUCCAGCAAACACUCCAUCUAUCACCCACCCUGCACCUCACGUACGACAAAACCGAAGACUCCCCCAAACUUCUCGACCCGGCCUUCUGGGCGACCUUCGACUACGCGCUCAUGGAAGACCCCGGCAAAGCUAUAGGCAAGUGGGAGGUCGUGCGCACGGUGUUCGCAUACGCCGGGAUCGAGGUGCUGAGACCCGGAGACGGCAGUUCGUUUGGAGAGAGCCUGGAGAAGAUCUACGCGGCCAACAAUAUCACCGCCAAACAUUCAGCAGCAGCAGCAGCGAAUGGAGAAGGAGAAGGAGAAGGAGAAGGAGAAGACAAGGGAGAGGCACCACCUAGCAGCGAGGACGUCCGAGAAGAAUUCGAGAUCUUGGAAGGAGGCGGAACCGAGAAAGUGGCGUGGGAUGAGGAGAGGGAGAGGAAGAAGCGGGAGAUGGGCGAUUUGAAAACGAGAUUGAUGUUGGAGGAGAUGGGGAGACUUGGUACGUUUAGACUUGUGAGGGAUGCGGUGAGGGUUGUGACAGGUGGCUAUUGGGUCGGGCCGAGGAUGGAGCCGAAGAUUAGGAUUCUGAGAAGGGUGAUAGAGGAAUGAUGUGACGGCACCGACGUGAGUUCAUUUAGCAGCUACAAUGUGAAGUAGAAAAGACAUUCAUGGAAAAGAUCUCUAUGGAAAAAGACUUCUAUAGUGUGGCGCGCUACGACCCGAACACCCCCACAACAAGAGAGGUGGCAAUUUAAGGUAUAAGGAGUACUUUGAUACAAGGAAGCGGAUUAAGCAAAUCUCGGGAUAUCACAUAUCUGAAGUACAGGAUAUGUUAAAUAAGGGGUAGAGAAGAUAAUAGAUUAGAUCGAAUCUUUUAGUGUUGUCAAUAGUAUGUAUUCAAAGGAAUAACAAUUUA